ACGAUGCUUAAGUUCCAGGUCCAUUCUCCGGGCAAGGUCAUCCUCCAUGGGGAGCACGCAGUGGUCUACCAUCGCCCUGCACUCGCCGCCGUUGUGGGAUUGGGCACCACUUUGAGAUUACGUCAGUUGGACACCAGCCAGGUGGCAAGCUUUCAAUUGGAGGCACUCAACUGCACCCUGGAGAUCCAGUUGCCGGAGUUUAAUGACUUUCUGGCCGACUUCAGGAGCAAGUAUCCUUCAGACAGCACAGCCAAACUACUAGAGGCAGUCCGUGCCGAGGUAUCCAAACAGCUAGAACGUUCUGGAGGCGGUGCACCCAAGCAGCAUACCCAGCGGGCCUUUGUUUCCAUCUACUAUCUGCUGGCCGGCGCUGUACUCUCCGCGCCAGGCGAUCCGAAAAUGACACUACAAACCGGUUUCCAGGUGCAGGUAGACAGCCAGUUGAACGUCGGCGCCGGUUUGGGAAGUUCCGCCUCUUUUGGUGCAGCCUUAGCCACAAGUUUUCUCAUUUUGGCCGGACACUUUGAUAGAGACAGCUACAUGAUGGAGGAAAACCAGGCUUUGAUCUCAACCUGGGCCUUCGAAUCGGAGCGGGUUAAUCACGGCACUCCCUCGGGUCUGGACAACACAGUGUGCACAUAUGGAGGAAUGCUGCGGUAUGUCAAGGGUCAGGGCUUCCAGUCGCUGCACAUCCAAAAGCCUCUGAACAUCCUGCUGGUGGACAGUCGUGUGAGUCGCAGCACCGCGGAUAUUGUAGCCAAGGUGCGUCAUCUGGGCGAGGCUUUCCCGCAGCUCAUAGAGGCCAUUUGGCAGGCUUGCGAGGAGCUGGUCACUGCCGCCGUUCCGCUCUACGAGAGCUUUGGCAAUGCCCAGGACGACAGCGCCAAAUUCGAGAAGCUGGAGCGCCUAUUCCAAAUCAACAACGAUCUGCUUAAGGCCAUAGGUGUGUCGCAUCCCAAGCUGGAGCAGAUCUUCACCAUCGCCUUCAAGCGGGGUUUCUUCUCGAAGCUGACGGGCGCCGGUGCCGGUGGCUAUGUGAUCGUCUUGCUGCCUGAGAACUACGAGUGCAACGAGGUCUACUGGAAGCUCAAGGAGGAACUGGAAUCGGCGGGAUUCGGUGUUCAUGUGACGACUGCCGGUGGUGAGGGAUUGCGCGUUAGUUCACUGGAUGACUGAUGCGAUCUCGGUUUUGUAUUGCUACUGUAUGUAUUCGUGGUUUUUGUUAUAACUUAAAAAUAAAGAUUUAUACAUGUAUUUUUUACUGCAA